AUAGAACAAGUAAAAUACAAACCUGAACAACACACACAGAGAAACAGAAACAAAUCUCUCUCUCUCUCACACAGGUUUGGUGAUGACGAUGGAUAGAGAGAAAGAGAGAGAGAUAGAGCUAGAGAGUGCAAUGUACACCAACUGUUUGCUAUUGGGCCUGGAUCCGACAAUUCUCGGUGUCGUCGGAGGCUCCAACGGAACUCCUCCUCGGGUCGGAAACUUCCGCCACUCUAACCCUAAAUUGGGCGAACAGCUUCUCUACUUCAUUCUCUCUUCUCUCCGUGGACCCAUUCAAUCCUCCAAAGAUUUCGACAAGGUGUGGCCAAUCUUCGACUCGGCGCAAUCGAGGGAUUUUCGGAAGGUUGUGCAAGGGAUAAUUAGUGAGCUCGAAUCACAAGGGGCUCUUCCCAGAAGCAAUUCCAGGGUUUCCUCGCUCGCCACGUGUUGUGGACCCAGAUUUGUAGAACUCUUGUGGCAACUUUCUUUGCAUGCUUUGCGAGAGGUUCAUAGACGGACUUUUGCAGCUGAUGUAGCUUCUAAUCCACUGCCUGGAUCACUGACCGAUGUAGCCUUUUCCCAUGCAGCCACAUUACUUCCUGUAACAAAGGCAAGAAUAGCGCUCGAACGGAGAAGAUUUCUUAAGAAUGCAGAAACAGCAGUACAACGACAAGCUAUGUGGUCAAAUUUGGCUCACGAAAUGACUGCAGAGUUUCGUGGUCUUUGUGCUGAAGAGGCUUAUUUGCAGCAAGAGCUGGAAAAAAUGCAUGACUUGAGAAAUAAAGUGAAGUCAGAAGGGGAGCUCUGGGAUGACCUUGUAUCUAGUUCAAGUCAGAAUUCCCAUUUAGUUUCAAAGGCUACUCGCUUGUGGGAGUCAAUAUUAGCUCGUAAAAGUCAACAUGAAGUUCUUGCCUCAGGUCCUAUUGAGGACUUGAUAGCUCACCGUGAACACAGGUACCGCAUCUCUGGAUCAUCUUUGCUUGCAGCUAUGGAUCAGAGUUCUCAGGUUCCUUAUUCCGAUGUCUUAUCCGUCCAGCCUAGUGACCUACCUACAACACAUAUGGAUGACAAAGAGCAGAGUGAUGGAUCAUAUGUCAACGUAAAUAGGGAAAAGCUGAAGAAGAACUUAGAUUCAUCCCAUUCACAAGUAAAUGAUGAAACAGUUUCUCGAGUAGAUGAUAGAAGUGGAAGAGUCUUGCCCACUGUUGAUGUAGCUGAAAUCAUCAGGCGUUGGACACAUGCUUUACAGCGUAUUCAUAAGCAGUCACUUCAUCUGGCAAAAGCUAAUGAUGGAGAAGGUCCAGAAAUUUUACGAAACACACAGGAUGGUGGUACAAGUGGCCAUGCUGAGUCUUUAGCUGCCACUCUUGCUGAGCAUCAGCAGCACUUAGCUAGCUUUCAGGUGCUGAUUAACCAACUGAAAGAAGUUGCUCCGGCUAUACAAAAGUCCAUAUCAGAAUGUACAGAUAAAGUUCAGAGUAUAUCCUCCACUUUGCCUCCCAUGACCAGACAUCGUGGUCAAUCAUCUUCACCUGUUCAGGCUCAGAGCACUGGAAGGACAUUGGAAAGCAGCAGUGAUGAUGUUGCUGAGGUUACCAGCAAAAUGUCUACUGUUCAGCUUGACAAGGUCUCAGCUAGUCCUCCUGCUUUAAAGCUCCCACAGUUGUUUAGCUUGACACCAAAUUCUUCUGGAAAAGGAGGAAAUAUGCUAAAACGACAGACUUCAGCUCCUCAAGCAAACCAAAUAGAAAACUAUUCUGAAAGAAAAUCUCUUGACCAGCCUCUUGCAAGUAAUCAAAUUGAAAGCAUGCCACAAGAUAGUGAUAAUUCCUAUGUUCAGAAUUUGAAGAGAUCUGUAAGAGAAGCUGCUCUGUUGAUGCAAUCCUGCAAUCCAGGAACAUUACGAGACGGUCAUUCUGAUGAAAGCUCGGAGCACUUUUUUGUACCUCUUUCCACUACUGGGUUUUCUCGUCUUGGCCCAGAAAACAAAGUGCCUUCUUUAAGGAGCAAAAGGUUGUUUGUAUCUCAAUCAGACAAUUCUUUGCUUGAGAAUUGUGCUCCUGAUGGUAGUGUCAGGAGCAAGUUUGAUGAAUUUCCAGACAUAUUAAAUGAUUUGGAUUCAUUUCAUGAGUAUGAUAGUGUAAAUGGGUUUCUCUCGGCUACCAGCUCAAAUGGUGCAGCUUCCGAUGCUCAAAGAUUGUUUUAUGACUUUGAGGAAUCUCAGGAGCAGGUCUUCUCACCUCCUUUGCUAAUGGAUACAUCCCUGUUAGCAGAUUCUUAUGAAGACUUACUUGCUCCACUGUCCGAAACUGAAACAGCCUUGAUGGAGCAUUGAAACAGGUGUUUGGGCAACCUUGCUCUUGUGUUCUCGAGCCAGAUAAUUCGGCUGCUGUGAUGGUUUUGUUUUCAUUCCUCAGUGGGCAUACUCUCUCCUCCCCAUUAUUUUUGUAUGACACGGUGUUUGUAGGAUAUCUCUUUUCCUUCUUCAUCCUCUGUAUAUUCUGCCCACAUAUUCGGCACAUUUUUUAUCCUAUUGUGGAGGGAACUAUGAGCCAUUGGGCAGCACCUCUUUAGAUGCUUGACAGAUGCCUGGAACUUGAGAUGGUCAUAAUGUAUCGGAAUGCUGACCUGGGUGUUGGCCAAAAUCUGCAGCCAACCAAUAGAGUCCGAAUUCGAAAACUUCCCUUGACAGUCGGUUCAUAAAAUGUUACUCAAGAAGAGAAAUGCGGCAUCCCAUGGUUAGAAAUAGAACGUGAAGGUUGGUUUUUAGCCUGACAAGUUUCUGGCAGCAAUACCACAUUCACUUAGCGUCCUGUUUUUAACUGUCAAGAAUGAUUGUUGAUGGACUGUUUAUUAUGUGUUUGAUAGAUGUGUAUCACAAGAAUUUGAUAAUGUAUUUUGCGAUUCAUCAGGAAUGAGAAGUUACUGUCUGUAACAGUUGGAUUACUUUUA